ACUCCCCUACCGUGUCACCUUCCCAACUCCCCCAAUUCACAAAACGAAACCCAAACACUCUCCUAUUCCUCCUCUUAUUUCUUAAUUGGUCAGCACCUAGCUAGCAAGAAUCUCUCAACUCUUCUUCUUGUUCUUCUUCUCGUCCAUAAUUGCUCCUCCAAUUGAUAUCUCUGUACGUAGUUCAGUUCAAGUUCAUCAAGGAGCCUGAACUGAAUUCCUUGGUUGUUUAGUUCUUGCUAGCUAGGGGAUUGACCAUAGGAUAAUGAUCUUGAACUCCGGAGGCAGCUUCAUCAACACCUGUCCGCUGGAUUCCGAGCAGCUCAAGACCUUCUACUUCUGGAUCUUCCCAAUCUUCAAUAGAUACUGCCUCUGCCGCCUCUAAUUGACAAGCAUUCAACCAUAUAUAUGUGAUAAAUUGUGCCAAUCUGCCUCAAGUAUUAGCAUUUAGGCAAAUUGACACUACAUCUAGCUAGCUAGCUAGCUUUGCUCCGAUUAGUAGUAUUGUUUGCCUCUUCUUUCCAUUGUUAACCUUCGAUUGAACAAUUAGGUUUGCGCUUGCUUGCCCAAGAUAUUUGAAUAGGUUUUGCAAGUGUACAUUUGUCUGAAAUUCAGUCGGUUGAUUUGAUCAUGGGUACCAUGACUCUGCCCCCGGGUUUCCGGUUCCACCCGACCGACGAUGAAUUGGUCGGCUACUACCUCAAGAGGAAAGUCGACAGCCUCAAGAUCGAGCUUGAGGUCAUCCCUGUCAUUGAUCUCUACAAGUUCGAGCCAUGGGAGCUACCAGAGAAGUCGUUCUUGCCGAAGCGUGACCUGGAGUGGUUCUUCUUCUGCCCACGAGACCGGAAGUAUCCGAACGGGUCGCGGACGAACAGGGCGACGAGCACCGGGUACUGGAAGGCCACCGGCAAGGAUCGCAAGAUCGCCUGCGCCGGCGAGGUCUUCGGCCUCCGCAAGACGCUCGUCUUCUACAAGGGUCGCGCUCCCGGCGGCGAGCGCACCGACUGGGUCAUGCACGAGUACCGCCUCUGCCAGGACCUCGCCCAUGGCGUCUCCAACUUCAUCGGGGCGUACGCGCUGUGCCGCGUGAUCAAGAGGCACGAGGCGGGCCUCCAUGGCGAGCCGCCGGCGGCGAAGGCGAAAGGAAUGAUCAGCAAGGUGUCGAGCAGCUCGUCCCUUGUCACCGUCGAACACCAGCUCAGCAGCCGGGGCAACGCCUCGCCGUCGUUCACGCCCACCAACAAUGGCAGCCCGCUCGUCGACGAGAUGUUCGUCGGCGGCGGCGGCGGCGACCCGUUCCAGCUGCUUCCGAGCUGCGUCCCGUACCAUGGCGGCGACGCGUGCGGGUUCGACUUGCCGCCGCUGUGCAUGCCUCAGACUCAGGACCCGUUCUUCUCCGACGCCGGCUUCACGCAGGCAGCGCCUCCUCUCUACGGCGACGUCAUGGGAAGCGUGUCGGAGCACGAGCUCAAGUGGGACACCCUGGGCGGCUACUCCGGCGGCGGCGGUGGGGAGCUCUGGAACGCGGCGGCGGCGCCGCUGCUGUGCAGGCAGGCCAGCGACGGCGACGACCUCACGGCGUGGUUCACGGCCGCCGACGACAACAUGUCCGUCUUCUGAACGAGUCAACCAUGACACGUGUGCUCCCGGGUUAGUUACACAUGGCGGUAUAUUUUUGAGCCAUUCCUAACUGGGGCCCCACGUGUCAGCCACUACAGACAUAUGUCAUCUAUUAUAUAUGCAUAAAUAUGCCUAUAAUCUGUAUGGAUACAGAGGUGAUGAGCUUUCUUUUAGUUACUGGCUGUAAUACAUCUUCUCUGUAGCAUCAUACAGCAGAGCUGGGUUAUGUAUCCUCUUCAGUUAAUGUACUUGUAACACUGAUCUGUAAGCUAAAAGGUAGUGUUGCUGGUAGAUCAAUCUUCAUCUCAAACAGUGCAGUUUCAAUUCAUACAAUAUAUAUAUUAUAAAAGUUCCAAUUCA